AGUCUCAUCUUUCAAAACUCCAAACUGACAGCAAACUCUAAGCUCUAUUGAACACCCUCUGGAUUCACACAGAGAUUCCUCACCAGCGACCGGGAUGUGGAUUAUGCUGUUGGGACUCGCCUCUGGAUUACUGGUCUCCUCGAGAUCAGAAGAUACCACAGUGCGCUCACGGAGCUGCAGCUAUGUGGGAGUGUUUCAUGUGGAGGGGAGAGACCGCUAUAGUCUGACGUUUGAGAUGGCCGAGAGAUUGUGUGAGCAAUUAUCCUCUUCAUUAGCCAAUCUGGAGCAGGUGGAUAAAGCCUACGCUAAAGGACUACAGACAUGCAGGUAUGGAUGGAUAAACAGCACAGAGGUGGUGAUAGUCCGUCAGAAGCCAAAUAAAAUCUGUGCUGGCAACCAAACCGGCGUCAUCAGGAAAAUUGCAGACAGAAAAAGAUUUGACGCCUACUGUUUUGAUGCUAAAGAUACAUCAGAGAAGAACUGCGCAGCUUUGCUUGACCCUGAGAGUUCAGACAAAACAGAUGGCGACUCGGCAUUUGCAGAAGUCCCAACACACCGACCAAAUGCUGGAGAGGAAGAUUCUGAAAAUUCAACAUCUGAAGUCACAUCUGUGUCUGAGUCCUCUACUCCAGAUCACUUGAUGCAGACCAGUCCCUCACAGGGCCCUGUGGAACAGAACCACACUGAUCAAACAGAUGAUCAGACAAACCGUUAUACACGUAAAGAGUCGACAACUUCACAUCCAAAUCCAGACACCACAGAGCUGGGAGUGAUCCCUAAAGAAACAGCAACAAGCAAAGCAGUUACUCCAGUACACGCCACCACAAACAACGAGUCUAUAGACUGGCUGAUCAUUUUACUCGUCAUUUUGGCCGUUUUUUUCAUUCUGUUUGUCUGUGUUAUGGUAGCCAACAGAAAAAGAUGGUGUGGCAAGAAACAGACUCUGAUUAUUACAAAAGAGAGCAGAAGUGAAGAAAAUGCUGCAGCAGCUUCAUUGAUUAAGGAGCAGGAGAUGGUCAAACUCGUGAACACUGAGAAGAUCGGAGAGGACUCAGAGUGUAUCAGCAUCAGUCCAGAGAAGUGAACAGAGACAACCCAGAAGGCAUGAAAGGAGAACACAAGCAGUUUUACGCUGACAACUUACAAUACCGAGGAAUAUGCCUCCAUUAAUGCUGAACUAAUGCACAGACAAUCUUUAGAUAAUGUAUGAUUUAUGACGAUCUAAGCCAUACAUUAACAAUUACAUCAGCAUAUGAUAAAGUGUAUGAUUAAUAGAUUAAUACAUAUAGGAAUUGCUAUUAAUUAAAUGUGUCAUCAUGGAUUAAUUCACUAUCAACUUCUAGCAUUAACUAAUAGUGUAAAUCAAUGUGUUAAUUACCAAAGCCAUGUAUUCCAAUUUCCAGUUGUCUCAUUUAAAAAAAUUGUUAGCAAAUAGUUUGCUUAUCAUUAUGUCAUGACUUAGUGAGACACUUGACUAUUAACGCUGUUAACUAAUUAUUAAGUAAUAUGCUCCUAUGGUUAUGAUUUUAAUCAAUUUGCCCAUCCUUCAAACACAUUAUUUGACAUUACAAUCACUGCACAACUGCAGGGCACAAGAUUUAUUUAAUUUUUUUCCCUGUGUAACCUUGAAUUGUAUUUUUUAUUUAUUUAGAUAAAAAAAAUCACAAUGCUUGAUUAAAAAAAAAAAAAAAAAAAAAAAAAAAAAAAAAAAAAAAAAAACUAACUAAUAUAAAGUUCAAACAUUAAAGAAGUGAACUGUCAGUAAUUAAGAAAAAGAAAGAAAAAAUCAACAACAAAUAAACAAAAGAAAGGUUUGAGAAAGGACUUCUUACCUGUUCUCUCACAUCUUCUACAGUAGUUUCCCUUCAUGAGCAACACUUUUACCUGCUACUUACCACCAUCUAGACUUCUCUCAACCAUUUAUGUUCGUAUGCUAAUUAGGGAAGUCAUAACAAUAAUAUCUUCACAAAUUAUUAGAUAAUGAUUUAUUAAAUCAGACAGCUGGAAGUUAAAAUACAUGGCUUUGAAACAUUUUGGUAAUUCAUUCACACUGUUAAUAGUAGAUGUUGAUCCAUGAUGACAUUUAAUUAACAGCAAUUCAUAUAUGACUUAAUCUAUUAAUCAGAUAAACUAUUAAUUGAUGAUGCGGCAAUAAUUAAAGAAUAACUUAAUUUCUCAUGAGUCAUACAUUAAAUGUGCAUUAGUUCAGCAUGAAUUAAUGCAUGUAAGUGCACACCUAUUGUAAAGUGUUGCCAGUUUUACAUCAUGAGAACAUGAGCAGAGAAAGAGAUCUACGUACAAGAAAACAGAAGAAAUAAGAUGGACAUAGAUUUGAAACAAAUCAAAAGGAGGUUAUGGAUGUAUGUCCAUUCUGAGUUUUUAAUAGCAACCUACUGUAUGUGUGUGUGUGUGUGUGUGUGUGUGUGUGUGUGUGUGUGUGUGUGUGUGUGUGUGUGUGUGUGAAUGUGAGGCAUCAAGAGAGCAAACACAUCUAUGUUGUACUUUAUUGUUUCAUCAUUCUCCAUCUAUGUUUGCUUAUUUCUUAAUAUUAAUUUUAUAUUAAAAUAUUAAAUAACUAGUUCAUUUUAAUUUUAUACUAGAGUUUGUGUAAACUAGUAGCUUUCCAGUUCCUUUGCUUGGUAUAACACUGGUUAAAUCAGUGCUGGUCGGAUAAGUCGAAUGAUCAUUGAGAAAGAAGCAACUAAGAUUAUUCAAUAAAGUCGUUACCAUCA